CUCACCUUGACUUUCCCUGCUUGAGAUCAACCUGCAACCAUGACAACCAAAUCCACCAGCAGUGUUCUGGGUGGGAAGGCUUCCUCCUCUCCUCUCUUGUCCUCUCCAACGCGCCAGCGCCUGGUCACCAAGGAUGGACACUGUGCCCUUCGUCCCCCUCUGUGUCCAUCAGGCACAUGGCGUGGGGCUUCAAGCAGAGCCUGGAUGCUGGCCCUGCAGGACCUGUGGGGACUGUUGGUGGGUCUGCGCUGGAGAUGGGUCCUGCUGGCCUUCUGCGCCUCAUUCCUGGCUCACUGGCUGCUGUUUGCCUGUCUGUGGUACUUGCUGGCUCACCUCAACGGAGACCUGGCUGUGCAGGAUCAUGAUGCCCCCCCCCAGGGGCAUGUGGUUUGUGUGAAACACAUUACGAGCUUUACUGCCGCCUUUUCCUUCUCCCUGGAGACACAGCUGACCAUCGGCUAUGGCACCAUGUUCCCCAGUGGGGAUUGUCCCAGUGCCAUAGCACUGCUUGCUGUGCAAAUGCUGCUGGGGCUCAUGCUGGAAGCAUUUAUCACAGGUGCAUUUGUAGCCAAGAUUGCACGUCCCCAGAAGCGAGCAGGAGCCAUCCAGUUCAGCCCCCAGGCGGUGGUGGGCCAACACCAGGGCCAGACGUGCCUCAUGCUACGAGCCACCAACCUGUUGCAGCGACCUCUGGUGGAUGUAAAGGUGAGUGCUGUGCUCUACGAGGAACAUGAAGGUCAGGCCCUCCACCAGACGUCUCUGGACUUCCAUUUGGAUCAUCUGGGCCAGCAGCCCUGUCCCUUCUUCAUCUUCCCACUCACCUUUUACCACCCCCUGGAUCGCCGGAGCCCCCUCUACCCCACCCUGUGUGAGGGCACGUCCAACCACUUUGAGUUGGUGGUCUUCCUGUCAGCCUUGCAAGAGGGAACUGGCGACUCCUGUCAGAAGAGGACCUCCUACCUACGUCAAGAAAUCCAGUUUGACCGUCGCUUUGUCCCAGCGUUGGGGCUGGAUGCUCGGGGAAGGUACAUGGUGAGCACCCAGCACUUUGACACAGCCCACUCAAAGGAGCCUUUGAACAAGGACUGUGUGGUGCAGAUCAACGGAGAUGGCAGCGACAGGAUGGAGUAA